AUACUCCUUGACGCUGGAUUUCAGUCCUCUUUUCCCAGCCGUUUCUAGAUCUAGGACACCGAUCUACCGGGUGCUGCCAUCUACGGUGUGAUAAAAAAGUAUCCGGCAGAAGGCAAAAACAAACAGCGAGCCGGGGCAGGCAGAUAAUGGGAGUACAGUGAGCGCCGCGGCGGGGAACGAGUACAGUGGAUGAUCUGGGGGAUCUUUUUUGCCCCAAAAGGGGGAUGCACAGUACUCCAACGCCACACAAAGUGCUGACCUGUCUCGCGGAUGCAUGUUAGAAGACAAUCAGAGGAGCUGGCCAGUGCAAAACGUCAAAUGGAUAUACAUGAAGACGCAGUAACUUCUCCUUCAUCCUCCACGACCAGCUCCACUUUUUCCCUGCAGGACACCGCUCUCUGAGAAAUGACCCCGCGUUAACAUCUCCCACCCAACCCCCUGCAACACUAUGGUUGAAGUGUAUGCUGAGAUAAAUCUCUGUAACAUUAUCCGCCUCUCCACCCACCGCGCAUCUUCCUCAGGAAGUCAGCCGUCAAAACAAGAAAGUGCCCCUCUUUCGGCUGUGUGGGGACCGUCAACAUCUGUGAAGAGACACUGAGCGAAAGUUACAGCCGAUACACCCUGUCAUUUAGGGAUUUUUUAAGCCUGGGGGCGAGUUGUGUCAAUUUACCUGCACCUCUCCUUUCACAGUACAGAAGUAUGGCGCUAGGGAUGUUCACUAUUUCCUUAUGAUCACCGCUCCAUGCGCCUCACCUCUCCUCUGAGCUCCGUGGCCCCCCCUCACCCUGUACCGGACCCCGCUCCAAACACCCCCCAGCCUGCCAUGCUCCUCCAGGCCGUGUUUCUGCUGCUGCUGCGCUGCUUGGCCUCCACGCUGGGCCAGUACGAACUGUGCAAGUCCCUGGUGAGCACGGAUGAGGGCUCGGUGUGGGAGCAGUACGCGUGCCAGCCGAAAAGCACGUCCAUGAAAGACUACAUGCGGAUCAAGGUGGAUCCGCCCGGAAUCACUUGUGGAAACCCGCCCGAGAGGUUCUGCACUCUGGAGAACCCAUACCUGUGCAGUGACGAGUGUGAUGCCUCGAACCCAGACUUGGCCCACCCUCCUCAGCUGAUGCAGGACAAAGAACGCACAGGUCUCCUCACCUACUGGCAGACAGUGACAUGGAGACGCCACCCAGAGCCCCUGCUGGCCAACAUCACCAUGUCCUGGAACAAGAGUCUGGAGCUCACAGACGACAUCCUGAUCACCUUUGAGUACGGCCGUCCUACUAUCAUGGUACUGGAUAAGUCCAUGGACCACGGACGCUCAUGGCAGCCCUACCAGUUCUACGCUGACGACUGCAUGGACGCCUUCAAAAUGCCACCCAAACGCGUGAGUGACCUCUCACCAGCCAACGUCACGCGGGUCAUCUGCACCGAGCAGUACUCGCGCUGGGUCGGCUCCAAGAGCGACAAGAAUGUGAAGUUCGAGGUGCGAGCGCGCUUUGCUGUGUUUGCAGGACCACGGCUACAGAACAUGGACAACCUGUACACUCGCAUGGAAAGUAUGAAGGGAUUGAGGGACUUCUUCACCUUCACCAACCUUAGGAUGAGGCUUCUCAGGCCCGCUCUCGGAGGCACGUAUGUCCAGAGAGACAACCUGCUCAAGUACUUCUAUGCCAUCUCCAACAUCGAGGUACCUGCCAGGUGUAAAUGUAACCUCCAUGCCUCCCAGUGCCUGCUGCAGGAUGGGAACCUCCAGUGUCAGUGUGAACACAACACCACUGGCCAGGACUGCCAGCGGUGCAGGAAGGGCUUCAAAGCCAAGUCCUGGAAGGCUGGUUCCUACCUGCCAGCACCCAAUGGAACCCCCAACACCUGUACAAUUGCUGGCUCCCCCUCCGGUUCUAACUGUGAGUGCUAUGGCCACUCCAACCGCUGCAGCUACAUCGACUACCUGAACAUUGUCACAUGCGUCAGCUGCAAGCACAACACCAGGGGCCAGAACUGCCAACACUGCAGACUGGGAUACUUCCGCAACGCCUCUGCCGAACUGGAUGAUGAGAGCGUCUGCAUCGAGUGCAACUGCAACCAGAUGGGUUCUGUUCAUGACCGGUGUAACGGCACAGGCUUCUGCCAGUGUAAAGAUGGGGCCACCGGGGCCAAGUGUGACGACUGUCUGCCAGGAUACUACUGGAAACAAGGCUGUUACACUAACGUUUGUGACGAGGAGAUGCUCCUGUGCCAGAACGGAGGAACAUGCUACCAGAGCCAGAAGUGCAUCUGUCCUCCGGAGUUUAAGGGGGUACUGUGCCAACACUCCCGCUGCGAGGCGGGCAAGGACUGCAACGCCGCCUCUUCCCUGCACCUUACCACAGCCACCCUGCUGCUCUGCACUCAGCUCGCCCACCUGCUGGCCACGUUAACUCCCCACUGAGCCACGAAAACCCCCUCACACCAAGAAGUGUGUGUGUGUGUGUGUGUGUGUGUGUGUGUGUGUGUGUACGCGAGGCGAGGGGUGACCCAGAGUGGGUAGGGCCGCCCCCAGUCGUGGACCUGACAAACACACACCGCAGCACUCGCAAAAGCGCGCACACUCACACAACACAA